AUGGCCUCCGGAAUGACGAAGGAGCACAUCCAAGAUCAAUCGGCCUCGUCUUUAGACUAUGACAGUCUCGAAUUCCUUACGGCUGGCGGAUCAGGAGUCAUAUAUGCGAUCGAUGAGGAAAGAAUCUUCAAAGAGUUUCACGAAGAGGGAAUUGAUGUUGAGCGUCGAGCACUUGAACGCCUAGGACGACAUGUAAAUAUUGUGAGAUGUUUUGGUGCAACACAAAAAGGCCUUAUUCUCGAACGUGGUAGACCUAUCCGGGAGGUAAUUGGAGGAAGCAGAACAAACCAGAUCCCGUUGCACAUAAAGAUUCGGUGGCUACAUGAAGCUGCGGAGGGAACGCGAUACAUGCACGACAAUGGCAUGAUCCAUGCUGAUACUGGAUGUAACAAUUGGAUUAUAGUUCAGGGGCAUCUAAAGAUUAUUGACUUUGAAGGUAGUAGCAUUGAUGGAGAAGAUGCAGGAGCCUGCUAUGAGUGGUUUAGUUACAAGGAAUCUUCACCAAGAAUUAGCCGGAAAACUGAUAUCUUCGCAUUUGGUUGCGCUAUAUACGAAGUCAUAACAGACGUCGAAAAUAUACCGCUAGGUAAACUGAUGCAGGGUUGUUGGAAUGGUACCUUCAAUUCUAUGCAUGAGGUUUUUCAGGAACUUCAAGCUAGCUUGCUAGCUACAAGGAAAGUAAUAUGUGUUUACUGGUACGUGAAAGCGGUGUUCUUCAACGCUUUGAGGUCAAUGAGGGUUUUGUUCAGCGCAUAG